AUGAAUGUGGACAAAAACCUUCUCCAGAGUGCUCAGUACUCCAGACGGGGCUCAAGGUUCACCUUCCACCAAGACUAUGACCCUAAGUACACUAAACUGCUACCUGAGGGCUAUGAACAUUUAGUCUGCACGUAUCAAAACAUUGCUGAAGGACAAUUUAGGGCCCAAAUUAAAUUAAGAAUUACUACCGAAGACGAGGUACACAAAUGGCUGGAAGAUUUCCAAUCAUCCUCCCUGCUGACAUGGAGGAAGUCUAAAACAUAUCCACAGCACUUACACACAGGAGGUCAGAACGCCUACAGGGUGGAUUUGAGAUGUCAUCACAAAUGUGGUUCAAAUUCGAAAGCUGUUCCAAAAAAGACCAAAAACACAUCAUGUUGUGCCACGAUGUACUUGGUCCUGAAACGGGAAAUGCAUAGUAAAAACAGAUUGUCGAGGUCUCAGGAUCCUCACAUCAAGGAUGGCUACCUAUUUAAUAUCAAUCUCAGACAUGAGCACAAUCACCGGCUGUUUUGCUCUGCUUCUAUGAAGAGGCGAGACGUCUCAUCGGAGACCAUCGACAAACUUAAACUGCUCUUAGAGAGUGGCCAUUCCCCUUCCACAGCACUGGAAACGAUCAAGCAUGACCUACAGGAUCAGGAAGGCGUCGAUUACAUUUACGCUGCCGGAGACCGCUCC